AUGGAUGGGGUGGCAGGAGGUGUGGGGACACCCAGUAGUGCCGGAGGGUCCGGGGGUGACACCCUCCCCUAUCGUAAUGGAGGGGAGUCAAAGAGACGCAGCAAGGGCAGCCUCCCUUCACCGGGUUACAGGCUGUCCCAGGCAUCCCUGGAGGGUGAGAAGGCUUCUUUUGGGGGGGACACCGCCCCCUCAGGGGGGCGCGGUCGUCGCCUUUCUAUCAUGAGCUCGGGCCUCCCCUUUCGCACAGCUGGCACGCCGACCACCCCGGUGCCUCUCGCUCAUCCGCCACCCCGCUCGGUGGGUUUCAUCCCCUCCCGCGCCGCCCUUGCCUCCACCUCUUCGUCUACAGGUACAGGGGUGAUGGUGGUGGCAACUGGCCCGGAGACCACCACUACCACCGCUUGCAACACCACGGCAGCAGGGACGCCCGAGACGCUCGGACCCUCCGCGCUGGGCGGGUUCGGCUUAGGGCUGGAUGGAGAGGAUUACAGCCAGUCCAACCAGAGCACUUUCAUUCAGAGGCAGUUCGGAGCCAUGCUGCAGCCCGGGGUCAACAAAUUUAGCCUGCGCAUGUUUGGAUCCCACAAGGCUGUCGCUUUGGAACAGGAGCGACUCAAGUCUGCCGGAGCUUGGAUCAUACACCCCUAUAGCGACUUCAGGUUCUACUGGGAUCUGUUAAUGCUGCUUCUGAUGAUGGGCAACCUCAUCGUCCUGCCGGUGGGCAUCACGUUUUUUCGAGACGAGAACACGCCAUCGUGGAUCAUCUUCAACGUGGUGUCUGAUACGCUUUUCAUGGUCGACCUGGUCCUCAACUUCCGCACGGGGAUCGUCAAGGAGGACAGCACGGAAAUACUGCUGGACCCUCGGGCCAUCCGCCACAACUAUCUGAAGAGCUGGUUCCUGGUGGACUUUGUGUCCUCAAUCCCUGUGGACUACAUCUUCCUGAUGGUGGACAGUCUGGAUUCGGAAGUGUACAGAACAGCCCGGGCGUUGCGCAUUGUCCGCUUCACCAAAAUCCUCAGUCUUCUGCGGCUGUUGCGGCUCUCCAGACUCAUACGUUACAUCCACCAGUGGGAGGAGAUCUUCCACAUGACGUAUGAUCUGGCCAGCGCCAUGGUGAGAAUCGUCAAUCUGAUCGGAAUGAUGCUGCUGCUGUGCCACUGGGAUGGUUGCUUGCAGUUCCUGGUGCCGAUGCUGCAGGAUUUCCCGCCUGACUGCUGGGUCUCCAAGAACCUGAUGGUGAAUGACACAUGGGGGGUGCAGUACUCGUACGCCCUCUUCAAAGCCAUGAGCCACAUGUUAUGCAUCGGCUACGGCGCACAAGCUCCGGAGGGCAUGACCGACGUGUGGCUCACCAUGCUCAGUAUGAUUGUGGGCGCCACCUGCUAUGCCAUGUUCAUCGGCCACGCCACUGCACUUAUUCAGUCGCUUGACUCGUCGCGGAGACAAUACCAAGAGAAGUACAAGCAGGUGGAACAGUACAUGUCCUUCCACAAGCUUCCUGCAGAUGUUCGUCAAAAGAUCCACGAAUACUACGAGCAUCGCUUCCAAGGAAAGAUGUUUGAUGAGGAGAACAUACUGGGAGAACUCAGCGAGCCACUUAAGGAGGAGAUCGUGAGCUUUAACUGCCGCAGCCUGGUCGCCAACAUGCCACUGUUUGCAAAUGCCGACCCAAACUUUGUCACCGCUGUGCUCACCAAACUUCGCUUUGAGGUCUUUCAGCCGGCUGACUUCAUUAUCCGAGAGGGCACCGUGGGAAGGAAAAUGUAUUUUAUCCAGCAUGGACGCGUUAGUGUGCUCACCCGUGGAAACAAAGAGACGAAACUAAGCGAUGGUUCUUACUUUGGAGAAAUCUGUUUGUUGACUCGAGGACGGAGGACGGCCAGUGUACGUGCGGACACAUAUUGUCGUCUGUACUCUCUCAGCGUAGACAGCUUUAAUGAGGUACUGGAGGAGCACCCCAUGAUGCGGCGGGCCUUUGAGACUGUCGCCGUCGACAGAUUGGACCGCAUAGGGAGGAAGAACUCUGUGCUUCUGAGGAAGUCAUCUCAAGGAGGCUCUCUCGGGGGCAGUAUGGGCCGUGGCGGAGGCCGAAGUGGGGGAGGCCCGGGGGCAAGCGGGGGCAUGGCAGCCGGCAGUUUGGGCUCAUGCGACAGCAUAUUGGUACAGCAGAUCGUCAAGCAUGACAGCAUGCCAGCCAUGCAGGACGCCAUUGCCGCAGCAGCGGCAGGAAGAAGCGGAGUCAUCGGAGGAAGUGGUGCAAUAUCCCCCAGGCCCCGCCCUGUCAUCUGGGCACCACUAGUACACGCCCCACUGCAAACAGCCGCUGCUACCAGCAACGUGGCUAUUGCUCUCAUGCACCAACAGCAGCAACAGCAACAACAGCUCCAGCAGUUUCAACAGCAACAUGCACUUGGUGGCACGUUCUUCCUGCCAUCCCCUCUUAUCUCGCCAUCACCCUCUUCCUCAUUUCCGCUCUCACCUCCUCGAGCUCCUGUCUUGCAACCCCUCCGCCCCUCUGUCAGCUCCCUCAUUGGUAUGAUGGCAAUGAGCGGGAUGGGAGGUUUGUCUCCCAGACCGUUCCCUGUCUCCCCCUCCACCAUGGGCCCACUUGGCGGGUUGAUGUCACCACCAGUGGCCAAAACUCCACCUGCUGCAGCCUCCUCUGUGCCAGCCCAACAAGGAAGGACUCUGCUUUACAACAUGCGCAUCCAGGCUGAUCAUCCCUCUGUACAAGGUGGAUCUCUUGGCACCCAAACCAGUGGCGGCGCAUCAACACCAACUGUACCCAAGAUGCAACCCAACAAUCCUUCUCCUGCAGCCAUUUGCCCGUUAGACAGCGGCACUAAUGUGACAAACCAGCAAGGGGCAAAAGAAGCCCUACUGCGCCAUGGUGGCAACAGUUGUCAAGCCCUGCCUGCUUUAGGCAGACUCACCCAGGAGGCGAGGCUCCUGUCUGCAUCACAGCCCACUUUGCCUCACCGCUCUUGGGCUGGAUUGCAGCCCCAUCCCCCGCUCCAUCGGAAGGCUUCCGGAGGGAAUUUGCUAGCAGCUCCUUUCUUGGCAGGACAGUUAGCACGAGGUGGCAGUGCAGGGAUACUGACCUCCAACCCUCCGGUGCAGCCUAUUGCAAACCUUACAUCCAAUACCCAAAUACAAUCACCUAUUCUGCCUGCCAUGUACACACAAUGUGCAUCUCACACUGCCCCAUUGCCCAUCUCCACACCUCCACACAUGCUGACUGCAGCUCCCUCUCCAAAACAAACACCGCCAACCGCCACCUCUUCACCUGUGCCCACUCCCUCAUCCCCAACACCAAUGCCCUCGCAGACACCCCGCCCUAAACCAACUCUAACUGCAUCUUCUCGUUCAUCCUCGCCACCUCCUUGCUCCACACCUCCCACGACAGGAACCACCCCAUUGUCUCUUGUUUCAACUCCACGUCCCAAACCGCUUGCCACGCCUUCUCCUUGCUCCUCAUCUCCUUCACCUUCCUCCACCCCUCCUCCAUCAUCCGUUUCACCUCCAGUUCCACUUCCUCAAACAUUUGGACCAAAGUCCUCUCUAAGCUCUUCACCCCCAUCACCUGUAGUCGCCAUGUCCACAGCUCCCCCCCAAGGUGCCCGGGUCAAGGCAUCCAAUACGCCACCCACUGUGUCACCAUUGUCUGGUCCAAGCCCUGCACAAACACCAAUCCACUCCCCAACUCUCACACAGGUUGCACGCACCCAUCCCUCAACCUCUUCCCAAACAUUAUCAUCCCUUUUCUCCCAAACUCCUACCCAGACACUUGCCCCACCUUCGCCACCUCCAUCCUCUCCUUCCCUUAGUAAAUCCCCAAGUCCAACCUCCUGUCUGCAGCCUUCCAUUCUAAGUUCUACCCGGACCCCUUCCUCCAGCCAGAUCCCCAAACCUGUGUCAUCCCUAAUUUCAAAUCCUACCCCAGUGAGCACAAGUUCCCCCACCAAAGUCCGCUUCACUGUUCAUCCAGUCAAGCAAACGCAUCCCGUGCACACUCCUAGUACCACACCAGGUUUGAAUCAUCCUGCAAAGCCAAACCCUGUCUCAACAAAACCCUCUUUUCCUACUACAUCUCUGAGUGACUCUGCUGCGUCCACUCACCCAUCUAAACAAAAUACAGUAACCACAGUCGCACCGACCCACACCCCCAAACACAAUUCAUCCUCGCAGGCUUCCAUCUCAUCAACACAUACAACCAUGCCGGCUAACAACACCUCUCCUAAGGUGGGUAAAAAUGAACCCCAGCUGCCAGUGGCCAGAAAAGACUCAGAGGGGCUGAGACACAAACUGCCUGCCAACAUGUAA